CACACGCUGGUCUUCGCGACCUCCGCGUUGAACAUGGUCCUAGUGGAAGCCGACAGGCUCCUCGAGUUUUCAUCAAGGUUCAUGUGCACGUGGUACGGGCUGCCGCACCCUGUCCAGUUCACGGUGUUGAUUCUGAUGCCGGCGCUCCUGUACGGGGUAAAUCGACUGUUCGACAGGCUCGAAAAGGCUUCCCACGCUCGCCUCUGCCCCCACGCCGCCGCCGCAUAGAUGGAACAGAGAGAAGUAAGCAUGUGCUGGCGUCCCGAAUAUGUCGAAGGCCACACUCACUGUCAACGCAAGUGGAAGAGAAUGAUAGGUGGCCACCACCAUGUUGAGGGUGAGGCGAGUCCCCGUCAUCGUCAAUGGGAUGGGCUAGAACGCGGACGAUGAUUGUCAAGGUUGCGAAUCCGCGCAGCGAUCUGUGGCAAAUCAACCUAGCAACUGCGUGCGUAGAUUUGGGGGGCUCAGCGUGGUGUUGAGAACAAGCUCCACGGGAGAGGUUACGUGCACUUCUCGGGUGUCCAUUUCGCGCCCCGCUCUAGGUGAUUCUUUCAGGACGUCUACAGGAGGUCCAAAAUAUCAAAAUAUCGGCAGCAAAGAAACGCAGACUACUGUAGAUUGCAGCAGUACAUAGGGUAAUUUCAAUGUUUUCUGGUGUCGUCACGUCGCUUAAAUCCUUCGCCCAAAGGCAUGUUUCGAAGAAGUUGCCAACACCAACCAGCUCAGGGGCUCGUACUUGGGUUUGUUUGGGAUCUACCAUUAUUUCUUCCCAAAAACAUUGGGUCUCUCUGUGUGGCUACAUAUUGGUAAAUAGAAACAGCCAUCGAGGGGUCGGAGCGCCCACCCCUCUUGGUCUUCCUCAGAUGACGCCCUACGUCCAUUCCCCUUGUGCGCAUCUAUAGGAUGUGUUCGCUCGAGCUACAUACCUCACCCUCGUCGGUAUUUGUAAGUAUCUUUAGGGUUACACUUGCCGCCAUGUGCUUUUUUCGUGGUUCGUGGACGCUUUGGUGACGAUGUAGCGCAUACUCUGGGGGUCUUCAUCGGCGUAGCGAUUGAUUGUCUUCCAGUAUAUUCAAGAUGUGUGUACCGGGCGUGGGGUCGAGAUCGGCGGAUAGGGUUGUUUACACUAAAUCCUCACCAACCACAAUUUUAUGUUUCUUUGUUUCGUUUUUGGGGAAAAUAUAGUCAUUAGAAGCUACGGAGAAAACCUCACAAGCGCCAUGGAUGUAUGCAUCUAUGUGUUUGUUUUUUUUGGUUGAUGUUAGAGGAGAGAUUUGUGAUAUGGAGAGCAUCGUAUAAAGACGUAUUGGCCCUAUGACUGUUUGCGCUGUACGCGUCGAAGUGAAGUUGCUUGUUUUCAGGCAAAGGAAGAAUACAAGGUAUGUCGCGAUUCGAGUUCGCAACACGCCUGCAGGUAGACCGCUACAAAACCACUGGGUGGGUGUUUUGGGGGUUUGGUUCUGAUACGAAUGGAAAAAUGAGCGAAAUGGCAUCGGGUCCUGACACUAUGGGUGCUUCCCAUGGGACGGUUGGGGCAUCCCUGUGGCGACCCCCACUGUCUCGUGAGCAGGGAACAUGGACAGGACGCUUGUUCUACGAGUUGUUUGCUCACCCUCAACAAUUGGUGCUUCCCACGGGACGGUUGGGAGGUUCGGGUGGGGGAGGGCGUACUCAUACCUUUUGCAUGCUUUAGCGGAUAGACAUUGGGACGGAGCGCUGUUCCCACAGGAUCGAUCACCGAUGGCCGAUCGUUC